AUGGCGCGCGGCGAGGCUACCAAGAUCCGAGUCCACCUCAAGGGUGCCCACCAGGACUUCAUUGUCUUUGUUGACGACAACGAGACAUUCCAGAACUUCAAGAUUUUUGGCACCGGCGGCCAAGGAGGAGCCCAAGGUUCCUACAACGCGCCUUCCAGGGCCGAUCUUGAGAACGAAUUCGACACGCACGAUGAGGAUACCAUAAUUCAAAGGAUCCUUGGAUCUGGAGAGGCCCAGGAGAUUGAGAUGCCCGAACGCCAAGGAAACACGAAUGACUCUUUCAACUCGACCAAGACUCGAACUUAA